AUGACGCGUGGCAAUCAACGUGAUCUUGCACGCGCGAAAAACCUGAAGAAACAGCAGGAGAUGAACAAAACCAAGGGUAAUUCCGAUGGGCUCACCCUCACGCAGCGCAAGGAGCGUGAUGCGCAAAUGAUGCGAGAGAAACAACUGAAGAAGGAGCAGGAUGCGAAAAAGUAGCGGACCGACGAGCGCCACCGCAUCAUAAACGUUUUUGUACAUAUUAUAUUUACUAAAUCAACAGGAGACACAGGCUGGAAGGCGAAUGGGAGAGAGUAUUAUCAAAGUGAACACAAUAAAUGAUGACAAUUUGACAAACAAA